AUGGCACCCGUCUACGCUGAUCACCCCUUCCCUCUGAUCCAAACUCCAAAUUACAAAUUAAAAAAAGAUGGCAAGCAGCCUGAAAGCUUCGAUAACACCGCAUCCUUGAUGGGCGUUAUUCAUAACACGAUAUUGCUGGGCCUCAAUUCGAUUUAUCUCCAGGCUCCAAAUAUCACACCCAAGGACCAGAAGGCAUUCUGCGCCUACAUAUUAAAAUGGCACGAAUUUCUCGAUCUGCAUCACAAGAACGAGGAGCUCGAAUUCUUCCCCACUGUUGAAACGCUAGCUGGUGAGAAGGGGAUAAUGGAACCCAAUGUCAAACAGCACCAAGCCUUUGAGACCGGUGUAAAUUCGUUCAUCUCCUAUGUCAAGGAUUGCCAGAAUGGCAAAGAAAGUUACGAUGGAGAGAAAAUUUCCCAACUGAUUGAUGAAUUUGGGAACACUCUUGCGGGUCACCUAGCAGACGAAAUUCCAACGCUGUUGAGUCUCAAGAAGUACGGUGAUAAGAUGGACACAUUAUCAAAGGUGUUUGAUGAGGACGGUGCCAAAUCAAUGAAAGCGAUGGGCCUGAGUGGGUUGUGCUUCUUUUUCGCCAACCAAGACCUUCACUAUGAGGAGGAUCUCUGGGCCGAUUUCCCACCUGCGCCGGGUUUCAUCAAAUUUCUUUGCCGUAACGUUGUCUGGUGGAGUAACACUGAACUGUACAAGUUCUCCUCCUGCGACCGCCUCGGUAAUAUGAGACCCUUGUAUGCGGCACAAUGA